AUGCCCCCUAAAGAGCAACACAUUUCCCAGAAUAGGAAGGAUGGCAAUGAGGCUAUUCUAAAGGACAACGGUAACCCUAUUACAAUGGCUAUGGUGUCAACAGAGCAGGUCGGUUCCUUCGACUACAAACUUGCAAUUGUACCAGUAAAGGUCAAGGCUUGCAAUGGAAGUAACUUAAUGCAAACCUAUGCCUUUCUUGAUCCCAGAAGCUCUGCUACGUUCUGCACAGAAAACCUAAUGGAAAGGUUACAUGUUUUCACUCAAGCUCGUAUACCAGUUGGCAAAGAGAACAUUCCUACUGAAGAGGAUAUUCGGCACUGGCCGUAUCUUAAUGAGGGUCCUGACCUUUCAAACAGCCUGCUUGGAGUUAUCCUUCGAUUCCGUCAGAAACCUGUGGCAGUCAUGGCAGAUAUCGAAGGAAUGUUUCAUCAGGUUAAAGUUGCACACAAGGAUGUUGACUUCUUGCGAUUCUUGUGGAGGCUUAAAAGUGACAUCAGUCAACCUUUGGCAGAGCAUCGGAUUUGCCACAAGUUGCAGGAAUCAAUGCUGAGUUCUGCGAGCGGCUUCAAAAAUUACAGAGGCAUCCUGAACUGGUGUGUGGUAAUGCUGGUUUUGAGCAAUGCACGCCUGUUCUUGGAAAACCUUCUCAGGUAUGGCAUUUUGGUGGACCCCAUUCAAGUGGUGUCAUUGUUCCUCAAGGACCCUUAUAGCUGGCCUGCUGCAUGCCUGGUCAUUGUUUCUAAUGUUUUUAUAUUUGUGGCGUUGUACACCGAGAGAAAACUAGCCAUGGGGUCGAUCAGUGAGAAGGUCGGCCUGCUGAUCUACAUCUUUAAUUUAACAGUCAUCUUGUGUUUUCCGAUGGUGGUUGUGUUGAAGCUGCCAUCUAUUACACCAGUUGGAGGGGCAUUUGCUUUGGGAGUCUACACCAUCCUGUUUUUGAAACUGUACUCAUAUAAGGAUGUUAAUAGGUGGUGCAGAGAGAGAACACAAGUGAAGGCCCGCAGCCUUUCCAGAUCUCUUUCAUGUCCAUCAUCUCCAUCUGUGUCCAGCCGUAUGCAGUCGCAUGUGUCUUACCCAGGAAAUCUCUCUCUCAGGGAUAUGUAUUAUUUUGUUUUUGCUCCAACCCUGUGCUAUGAGCUCAAUUUUCCCCGCUCUGAAUCCAUCCGAAUGGGAUUUCUGCUCAGGAGGCUCUUUGAGAUGUUGCUCCUCACCCAGUUAUUGGUUGGUUUAACGCAGCAGUGGAUGGUGCCAAUCAUUCGAAGUUCAAUGAAGCCAUUGCAGGAAAUGGACUACAGUAGAAUGACAGAGCGUCUGCUUAGACUAGCAGUGCCCAACCAUCUCAUCUGGCUGAUUUUCUUCUACUGUUUUUUCCAUUCCUCAAUGAACUUUGUGGCUGAGCUAUUGAGGUUUGGAGAUCGGGAAUUCUACCGUGACUGGUGGAACUCCGAGACAAUAACGUACUUCUGGCAAAACUGGAAUAUUCCCGUGCACAAGUGGUGUCUCCGGCACUUUUACAAGCCGCUGCUGAGAAUAGGUGCUGGCAAGUUACUGAGCCAAUCAGCUGUGUUUUUCGCCUCUGCUUUUUUCCACGAGUACCUGGUCAGUGUCCCUCUCAGGAUGUUCAGACUGUGGGCAUUUAUGGGCAUGAUGGCACAGCUCCCACUGGCAUGGUUUGUGGCCAGGUUUCUUCGUGGUAAUUAUGGAAAUGCUGCUGUGUGGCUCUCGCUCAUUAUUGGUCAACCUAUUGCAGUUCUGAUGUAUGUUCAUGACUACUAUGUCACCCACUGCCAGGAUGACCCGACAAUCAGUGAAGCUCUGUAAUCACACAAAGUUGUGGACUCGGCUAAGCAGCUAAACUUAGAAAUAUUGCGGUAAGGCUUCUACAUAUUGCAGAGGUACCGGUGGGGGUGAUUACAAUUGAAGAGUCCCGACUCCCGGCAAUCAGAUUUCCAUAAAGUCUUCAAAUAAACUCAUAGCUCUAGGCUAUGUUUAAACCUUUAUGAACAAUGACAACAGCCAGUCUGUGGAAAUCUCAUCUAGAACUGCCAGUAGAGAGCACAAGUCUUUAAGCUUCUGAAUGUGAUUCCACAGGUGUCGAUUGCUCAUUUUAACUACACUAAAUUAAACUGUCCUGAUUUUUUGAGAGUGUGUUUUAUGCAUUACUAGCAGGACCACCAGUUCAGAAGACUUUCUCACACUCAGGUCUGUGUUCUGU